UUUUAGUCUUAGUUUUUUAUUUAUAGGCGUUUUAAGUUUUCACAGUAUAUAACCCCUUUUCUUUAAAAUAUACUGUGUUAUUCAUGUGAUUUUAUCGAAGUUAGAAAUUGUGUGCUGAUGGUGGUGCACUACAUUUUCAGCCUUUAUUUUCAUUUCGUUUUAAACUUGCGCGGUGCUUGUUUUAUUUCACCUUUCCAUCUCCAAAUACAAGCGCUUCAACUCUUUGAGUACUCUUCCCUACCAUAAAGCAUUCUCUAUCCCAUUCAGUUUUUUUUAUCACAUUAGCACCGUCGCGGCUUCGCAGUGUGACCAGUUCGUGAUUUUCUCCAUAUGGCUGUCUCUAUGGCUGUUAUCAGCAGGGUAGACAAGAUCCAGGCGCGCCUAGAAUGCCAUCAACAGGCUUAAGAAGUUUGUUAUGACCCACUCUCGCUUGUUCUUAAAUCUGACGCAUUGCGCUCUUGGCAUUACAUAGGAUUUUAGCGAUUUGUGCAAAUUGCAAUCAAAACAAAGGAUUGAUAAUCAGAAGGGUAAAUUCAUUACAAGCAAAAAUCAUUGAGAGAAACUAGAUCGUUCACCUAACACAGGCAGGUGGAACCAGUAAAAUAUGAGAAACAGACGGAAGAGCCUGGACCCCAAAGACAACGUGCGGUCACUGAGGGUGGUGGUCCUAGGGCAAGAUGGGGUCGGCAAAUCAGCUCUAACGGUCCGCCUCUUGACCAAGCGGUUUAUUGGGGAGUAUGACUCGACGCUAGAGUCUGCGUACAGACAUCACUUUAUGUUAGACCCGGAGAUAAUCCCGCUUGAUGUCCUCGACACUGCAGGGAGGAACACUGACCGGAAGCUGGCGAUCUGUUCAGAAAGCAGCGACAUCUUUGUCAUCCUGUACAGCGUGACUGACCGGAAGAGCUUCAACGAGGCGGAGAGAAUCGUCAAGAAAAUCCGCGGCGCUCGGACGGUCACGGACGAGUCGAGCGUGUUGCUGGUAGGCACGAAAACAGACUUAGAACACCUACGAGAGGUUAAGACUAAGGAUGGAUGGCAUACAGCAAAACAUGUCAACUGCCGGUUCUACGAGAUCUCCAUAUCAGAGGGAUACACAGAAACAAUGGACAUGUUUCGGGACGCGAUUCGCAGGUAUCUGGACGCACACCCGUAUGCUAUGGAGCCACCAGGUCAGGCCUUUAACACGUCUAUGGCCACCGGAAAUGGUUUAAGCGGAAGUUAUAGUAACCUGGCCUCGCUAGGCGCUAAGGUAGACCGGCCUAGUUUGAAGACAAUGUCUAUUAUAGGUGGAAUUCGGACUACGUUUGCUAAAAGGAAAUCUGUAGCUUUGGUCUAGCGACAGGUGUGACUAAUUGGUUUUCUGUGGGCACCAUAUUUGGGCAAAGCAAGGGUAACGCAGUGUCUGGAAGACACAGUAAAGAGUUCUACAGGUGUGAUGAAGUUUAGAUAAACAUAGGGUAAAAAAGUUCGUAAGCAAAGCAAAGAGUGCUUAUUGGGAUACCUGUGGUGAUCGGAAGACCCUGGGGAAAGUUCUAGUUCUAGUUUUCAAAAGUCAGCUUAAAGUAAAUGAUAGCUUGUUGGCAUGCCAUUGUUAACAAUGUAAAUAGAAACAAUAUCGUACUGUAUCAUGCAAUACAAAAUAUGUUUACUUGUGUCGGGUUGCGAGGUUACAAAGAAAUGUAUUUAGAUCAAGUGAUGAUGAGUUGAAAUAGAGAAGUGUAUGAUAAAAAUAAAUUGAUGGUUUCAAGGAA